AUGGUUCUUCACGAUCUCGGCCGUCGCAUCAACGCGGCCGUCACCAACCUGACCAGGGACCACAACGUGGACGAAAAGGCCUUCGACACCAUGCUCAAGGAGAUUUGCGCCGCGCUGCUCGAGUCCGACGUCAACGUCAGGCUCGUCGUGCAGCUGCGCAAGUCGGUCAAGGCGGCCGUCGGCUUCAAGGACCUCCCCCCCGCCGUCAACAAGAAGCGCCUGAUCCAGCGCGCCGUCUUCGACCAGCUCGUCCGGCUGGUCGACCCGCACGCCGAGCCGUUCAAGCCCCGCAAGGGCCGGCCCAACGUCAUCAUGCUGGUCGGCCUGCAGGGCGCCGGCAAGACCACCACGUGCACCAAGCUGGCGCGCCACUACCAGACGCGCGGGUUCCGCUCGUGCCUCGUCUGCGCCGACACCUUCCGCGCCGGCGCCUUCGACCAGCUGCGCCAGAACGCCACCAAGGCCCGCAUCCCGUACUACGGCUCGCUGACCGAGACGGACCCCGCCGCCGUGGCCCGCGCCGGCGUCGAGCAGUUCAAGAAGGACAAGUUCGACGUCAUCAUCGUCGACACCUCCGGCCGCCACCGCCAGGAGUCGGCGCUGUUCCAGGAGAUGGUGGACAUUCAGGACGCCGUGCGGCCCGACGAGACCGUCAUGGUGCUCGACGCCUCCAUCGGCCAGCAGGCCGAGGCCCAGGCCAAGGCCUUCAAGGACGCCGCCGACUUUGGCGCCAUCAUCAUCACAAAGGCCGACGGCCACGCCCACGGCGGCGGCGCCAUCUCCGCCGUCGCCGCCACCCGCGUCCCCAUCGUCUUCAUCGGCACCGGCGAGCACAUCCUCGACCUGGAGCGCUUCGCCCCCACCCAGUUCGUCCAGAAGCUCCUCGGCAUGGGCGACGUCGCCGGCCUCAUGGAGCACGUCAAGGGCCUCAACCUCAACCAGAAAAACACAAUCAAGCACAUCCAGGAGGGCAUCUUCACCAUCCGCGACCUGCGCGACCAGCUCGCCAACAUCAUCAAGAUGGGCCCGCUGUCCAAGAUGGCCGGCAUGAUCCCCGGCAUGAACAGCAUGAUGGAGGGCAUGGACGACGACGAGAGCAGCCUCAAGCUCAAGCGCAUGAUCUACAUCUGCGACUCCAUGACCGACAAGGAGCUCGACUCGGACGGCAAGGUGCUCAUCGACCAGCCCACCCGCAUGACCAGGAUCGCCCGCGGGUCCGGCACCUCGGUCCGCGAGGUCGAGGAGCUCCUCACCCAGCAGUACAUGAUGGCCGGCAUGGCCAAGAGGGUCGGCGGCAACAUGAAGACCAUGCAGCGCGCCUCGCACCCCCUGUCUGGCGGCAACAGGGCCCAGCAGCUGGCCGCCAUGCAGAAGAGGCUGCAGAGCAUGGGCAGCACCGGCGGCCUCGGCGGCCUCAGCGGUCUCGGCGGCGCCGUCGACGGCGCCGCCGUGCCCGACAUGGGGUCGCUGAUGAAGAUGUUUGGGGGAGGCGGCAUGGCCGGAAACCCCGACAUGCAGGCCAUGAUCAGGCAGAUGGGCAUGGGCAUGCCGGGCACGCCUGGUGGGAGUGGCCGAGGAAGACGAUGA